AACAUCAGCUUCAGGUGUGUGGCAUUCCGCUUCGACUCGCCACAGGAAGAACAUUUGAUUCACUUCAAACAAUAUCCAGUUUUAUUUUAUUCCCCUGCACUUUUAUAAAGGGAGACAAAGUGACAAAAACUUACUUCUGUAUUUCGGAUCCCAGUUGACUURAAGAUGCCGAACACCGCCAGAUACGGCCAGAAUGGUAACGAAGAACGCAUCGAUUUUCUAACUAGCAAGGAAAAGGUCCAGACGAAGAAGAAAACUGGUGUCUUAAUUGGCAUUCUUGUGGCGCUGUUCAUCCUCGCAGUUAUCGGAGCUAUCCUUAUUUGGCUUUUUGUCUUUAAAGAUUCCAACUCAGAAUCCGUAUUUAGUAAGAAAACCAUCCCAGCAGAACCAUUGUUCAGUGGACAUAUGCAGCUGGUAGGAGUGACAUAUGAUCAAAAUCUAGAGGACACCAACAGCAAGGAGUUCCAGGAUUUGUCAGCGAAGUUGGAGGGUGAUCUGGGGGAAUACUACAAGAUAGAUCCUCUUCUCAGUAAAUAUUUGAAGGUGUGAAAGCCUAUUACUGGUCCAAGUUCCAUAUUCCAGUCGGCAAACUAGAACUUGUGCCGGAGUUCUCAGAGGAACGCGUGUUGAACGCACUGGAGAAGGGCAUCAAGGAGCCGGACAGCAGGAGGAGUCUGAGUAAUGUCAAGAUUAGUAAAAUCACUGCUUCAUUCGCAGAUGCUCGUAUGGCCAGGAGCCCUCAAGGUGACGACUGCUUCUUCCGUCUGGAAGCUGUUGCAGAACUACAAACGUUUUCAUCCCCGGGCUACCCCACAGGCUACCCCUCUAAGUCACGGUGUCAAUGGCAAAUCCGAGCCUCUGAAGAGAAUGCCAUCUCCGUCAGUUUCCCAGUUUUUGACAUGGAAGAUGACUGCUCAAAUGAUUUUGUCUCUAUCUUUGACUCCUUGAGUCCAGAAAUGUCUCACACCAUCACAAAACAAUGUGGUCAAAGGCCUCCCUCCAACCCGCUGAUGGUAAUGUCAUCUAGUAACAUCUUGCUGGUUAACUUUAUCGCUGACACUGCUGUCCAGAAGCCAGGCUUUCAGGCAGAGUAUCACAUCAUCCCUAAGAGUGAAGUGCAAAGGUGCGGUGGUGUUCUCUCUGGAAGCAGUGGAAACUUCACGUCGCCACUCCACCCCAUCUUCUACCCGCCCGCUAUAGACUGCAGGUGGAAAAUCCAGGUCAGCGAGGGGCAAAAAGUUCGAGUGAAGUUCAACAUGUUCCGCAUGAAAGAACCGGGGGUGGACAUCCGUAGGUGUCACAAAGAUUACGUGGAAAUCAUGGCUAACAAGUAUUGUGGAGAACUGACUAAUUUGGCUCUGACCAGCGACACGAACAUCUUGGAAGUGUUUUUUCACUCUGAUGAGUCCUAUACAGACAAAGGCUUCAGUGCAGAGUACAGCGCCUACGACCCCAWGAACCCUUGCCCAGGCAAGUUCUCCUGCAAGUCUGGCAUAUGCAUCUCUAAAUCACUACAGUGUGACGGCUGGAACGACUGUGGCGACAUGAGCGACGAGGCAAACUGCAAAUGCGACAAGGACCAGUUUUCGUGUGCGAAUGGUUUGUGCAAACCACUGCUCUAUGUGUGUGAUCGUGUCAACGACUGUGGAGACGGGAGCGACGAGAAACAGUGCAGCUGCGAGCCAAACGAGUGGCGCUGUGGGACCGGAGUUUGUCUGCCUCAAGAUGUCGUCUGCAACAGUAGGAAAGACUGCGAUGACGGAAGUGAUGAGGCCUCUUGUAAAAGCUCCCCRGGUCUGUGCUCCAACUACAGCUUCACGUGUGCGAACGGCGACUGUGUCAACAAGGUGAACGCCGAAUGUGACCGCGUCGACGACUGCGUCGACAAAUCAGACGAGGCCAUCUGUGACUGCGGCACCAGGCCCUACAAGCUGAACCGCAUCGUAGGAGGGCAGAAUGCUGAGCACGGGGAGUGGCCCUGGCAGGUCAGCCUGCACUUCAUGAUGUCCGGACACGUUUGCGGCGCCUCCAUCAUCUCUGACCGCUGGCUCCUCACAGCCUCCCACUGCUUCGUCACCCACUCCUCAGACAACCUGGUUCCAUCUAACUGGUUAACAUACAGCGGUUUGCAGUACCAGUACAAGGUGGACGAAGCUCUGCAGCGUAAUGUGAAGAGGAUCAUCACCCACCCGUCAUACAACCAGAUGACCUUUGACUACGACAUUGCGCUCUUGGAGCUCACUGAGCCGCUGGUGUUUAGCAACACCAUCCAACCAAUCUGCCUACCGUCUUCCUCCCACGUCUUCCCAGCAGGCAUGUCAUGCUGGGUCACAGGCUGGGGGGCCGUCCGKGAAGGAGGUCAAGUGGCAAUGGCCCUGCAGAAAGCGUCGGUGAAAAUCAUCAAUGACACGAUUUGCGACACGGUCACAGAGGGCCAAGUCACAUCCAGGAUGCUCUGCAGCGGCUUCUUGGCCGGAGGAGUCGAUGCAUGUCAGGGAGACUCGGGAGGCCCCCUGGUGUGUUUYGAGGAAAGUGGGAAGUGGUUCCAGGCCGGUAUAGUGAGCUGGGGCGAGGGCUGCGCACGUCGGAACAAGCCCGGCGUCUACUCACGCGUCACCAAGCUGAGAGACUGGAUCAAAAAGGAGAUAGGAAUUUGACGAUCGUGACUACGUUCGGGGCGGAAACAUUCCCAAGUGCUAAAAAUAAUGGGAGAAAGAAUAUUUUUAGUCUGGUUCAAGACGGUUCUCUCUGAAUUUUAUUCCUUUUAAGCAACCAAGUACUGCUGCGUGGGGCUCAGCUCACUCACACAAAUAACUUGAAGCACUUGGUUUUUUUUUUGGUGCCAACCCCCACAUGAGCCCCUUCAACUCAAAAUUACACUCACUGAAAAUAAGUUACACAUAUUGUAAUUUUGUACAAUUUCUAAAUGUGUUUUUAUAGCAAUUUGUCCCCAUCUGUUCAUGCAGUGUGCUGAUUUUUUUCUCAAAAGUUUCUCAAAAAUUCACCUUUUUAUAUGUGAGGUUUUAUAGAAAAUACAAACAAUUAACAUCUUACCUGUGACAGAUAACUUUUAACAAAGCUUAAUUAGGACCAGACUGAUGAGCUAAUGGCUAAUUUGAGCAGGGCUAAAACAACUGUAAUCUCAAAUUUAAAAGCAUAUCAAGCAAAAAACGGUUUUUAUAAUCCUUACUUUUCCGUAAACAUCUCAUUGUAUUACAUUUGUUUGGAAGGAUGUGGUAAAUUGCAAAAGGAAAUGGUUGCAGUUACAGCUAGCUGUAGCACGUCUAGCAGGAAUAUCAUAUUUUUGUUGGAAUAACCCUGUAAAGCAAAACUAAAGGAGAUGAAUGUUCUGAUGCAUCUCGGUAAUCCAGGUAGAAAGAUCCUAAAAAAAUAAAAUAAAAUAAAACGUUGAGUAGGUCCUCUGGACGGGUUCUUUUUGAAAAUAAUGAAGACAACUCUGGACAGAGAUAGAAAAUGUUUGUUUUUUAAAAAAAGAACCCAUUCAGAGGACCUACUCAACUUCUUUUUUUUAAAAAAUUUUAAGCAAAUUUGCACAAAUUUACACAAGGGUAUUGGGGCCUCAGAGCAAAAAAAUGUUUUUUUCUGAGUUCUGACUUUUACUUUUAAAAUGCUGAGAUUAAAGUCAGAACGCAGAAUUUUUUUAUUUUUAAUUUUUGCUCUGUGACCCUAACCCUCUUCUGUACAAACCACUAURAACAGCUUUUAGAUUGGAGUUUAAGACGGGUCACCAAAUCCCGACUAGCCAUUAAGCUCAUCAGUCUGCUCAGAAUGAAACUAUUCCUUUAAACUGAAGGUAGUGAAAGGGCUAUCUAUAACAUGUAAAAUAUUAAUUAUUCAUAGCCUCUCCAUAGAACCCUACCCUCAAAACAUCUGACCUAUAGCUUUAAGAAUAAAAUACACAUCGACUGUUUAAAUUUUAAUGGAGAUCCUGUGCAGGUUUUACGGGAUUUUUCUAAUUGUGUCAAUCCCCUUUUUUWAAAUAGUUUUUAAAUCUUGUUUUGAUAAACUUUUUUCUUUUUCCAGUUGCAUUUUCUUGUUGAAGUCGAUGUUCCACCUCGUCUUUUUAGACUCGGGCAGGUUUUAAGCGUGAUUGACAAAAACGAAAAGAGCCAAAAAGAUUAAGAAUAAACAUCCUUGAACAAGUAUUUUCAUAUUAUGAUGAAAUGCAUGAAAACCAAGAAGCUGCCUGGAAAGCAGAGAACGCAUUAAUCAAUCUAAAAGCCCAUGAUUUGUUUUGGAAAAAGGCCAGUAGUGAAAUAGACACGAUUUUAAGUUGGCGAGCUAAAACAGUGAGGAAAAAAAACAAACAAACAAACACUAACACCAGCGUGGUCCUUAAGUAAUGAGACGGUACUGAUUCCUAUCAGUUUCUGUUUUUUAUUCCUUCUUCUGCAUCGGCCCUGUGUGAUUUGUGAUUUCUGCACGAUUCUACUAAAUCUUAAAUAGAAACGGGCAGGUGGAGGAUGAGGAGCAGGUCCAGCUGGCUUCUGCGUGUCUUCRCUGGAGCUCAGGGUGAUCAGCGUCUCGAGACGCCUGAGAGUUAAACUUAAUCAGCCGCCGUUUCUGAGCCCUUUUAGUUUCUUCUCUCCAGUCACAAACCAAUUUAAUCAACAGAUGUGACUAGGUUUUAAUUUUUUUAUUUGUUUUUUUUUUUUUUUGAUUGACUUGUUCCAGAACAGUUUGAUCCUGAAUAAGCUCUCUAAAAAUUUGCAUAAGUGUUAUUUAUUGAAGGGUAGAAAAUAAAACAUUGAGUAUAUCUCUCAGGUUGCUUAUUUUUUAUUAGUUUUUGCAGAAAUGGCAAAACUAUAAAAGUGUAAAUACAGUAUGUGUUGUCUGCAGGAAUUGUUGGAGAAGCCACAACUUUUAAACUUUUUUUUUUUUUUUUUGACGGUGCAGGUUAUGAUUUAAAUGUUGGACCUUUCUUCCUUUAAUGUGUUUUAUAUGAGAGAACGAUGAUAAUAAACAUCUUUUUAUCUGA